AUGGGCACCCGCAAUCUCCUUCCCCUCAUCCUGCUCCUCGUCUUUGUUGGCAUCGUUGCCGCGGUCGGGUUCAUCGUCUACAGCGUCGUGAAAACUGUAGGCCAAACCACACGCGAAAGGAUAGAGCGCAAGAAUAUUGCUCUCACCAGGGAGGGCAUGAAAGUGCAAGUAAAGGAGAUCGAAGACGAGGCCUACAAGGACCAGACCCAAAGGGUUCGCAAGGAGCACUCCUCGCUCGCGAUUGAUAGCUAG